UGUUCUCCGCCCUCAGUCCUGGCUCGCCCCCGCCCCGUCUCCUUGGCGUUACGACCUGGCUGGGAACAAAGUGCGGCGGCGGUGGCGGCACCGCGCGCGAAACCUGGUCCCCGAAGUCCCCGAUCAUCUUUUUUCUUUUAGUUCGUCUUUUUAAGGUCGAGGUGUCUUUAUCUGCUAGCGAGCAAAUAGCCCGCCUUCGAUUUCAGUUGGGGAGCGUGUGUGUGUUUUCCUCCGAAACAGGUUUUUUUCGUGCCGUGGUGUGAGCGCGGCGUGGAGGCCCGUGCGGGCUGCACCUCCGUGUUUCCACGGGAGCCGCGCGGCCUCGGCUGGCUGUCUUUGUUCUCUUGCCGGUAACCCGUCGGUCGGUCGGUCCGCCCGCCAGCGGCCAUGGCGACCUCGACUCCCGUCCGAUCGAGGCCGGGCAGCCGGGCCAGCGUUUCCAGCACCCCGCUGAGCCCCACCCGGCUGUCCCGCCUGCAGGAGAAGGAAGAACUGCGCGAACUCAACGACCGGCUGGCGGUGUACAUCGACCGCGUGCGCUCGCUGGAGACGGAGAACAGUGCCCUGCAGCUGCAGGCCAGCGAGCGAGAGGAGGGGCGCGGCCGCGAGCUCUCGGGCAUCAAGGCGCUCUACGAGACCGAGCUCGCCGACGCCCGCCGGGCGCUGGACGACACGGCCCGGGAGCGCGCCAAGCUGCAGAUCGAGCUGGGCAAGUGCAAGGCCGAACAAGAGCAGCAGCUGGUCCACUAUGCCAAGAAGGAAUCUGAUCUUACCGAAGCCCAGAACAAGUUGCGAGAGUAUGAAGCGGCCCUGAAUUCCAAAGAUGCUGCUCUGGCCACGGCACUUAGUGAUAAGAAAAACCUGGAGGGAGAUUUGGAGGUCUUGCGGGAUCAGUUUACACAGUUGGAAACUUCCUAUGCUGCAGCCAAGAAACAGCUAAUGGAUGAGACCUUACUCAAAGUGGAUCUCGAAAACCGAUGUCAGAGCCUCAUUGAAGAUUUGGAGUUCCGUAAAAAUAUGUAUGAGGAGGAGAUCAAUGAAACAAGAAGAAAACAUGAGACUCGUUUGGUGGAAGUGGAUUCUGGGCGCCAGGUGGAAUAUGAGUACAAACUGGCCCAAGCACUACAUGAAAUAAGAGAGCAACAUGAUGCGCAAGUGAAGAUGUACAAGGAAGAGCUUGAGCAGACAUAUCAUGCUAAACUUGAAAAUGCCAAGUUAUCCUCUGAAAUGAAUACUUCCACGGUCAACAGUGCUAGGGAAGAACUGAUGGAGAGUCAUAUGAGGAUCGAGACUCUUUCCUCCCAGCUUUCUAACCUGCAGAAAGAGUCCCGAGCUUGCAUGGAUAGAAUGCAGGAGCUGGAGGACCUCCUGGCUAAAGAAAGGGACAAUUCUCGCCUGAUGUUGUUUGAGAAAGAGAGGGAAAUGGCAGAGAUAAGAGAUCAGAUGCAGCAACAGUUAAAUGACUACGAGCAACUUCUGGAUGUCAAGUUGGCCCUAGACAUGGAAAUCAGCGCAUACAGAAAACUGUUGGAGGGUGAAGAAGAGAGACUGAAACUCUCUCCAAGUCCUUCUUCUCGGGUGACUGUGUCCCGUGCGUCAUCAAGUCGCAGUGUACGUACAACUAGAGGAAAGAGAAAGAGAGUUGAUGUUGAAGAAUCUGAGGCUAGCAGUAGUGUUAGCAUCUCCCACUCAGCUUCAGCCACCGGAAAUGUUAGCAUUGAAGAGAUAGAUGUUGACGGGAAAUUUAUCCGCCUGAAGAACUCUUCUGAGCAGGAUCAACCAAUGGGAGGCUGGGAGAUGAUCCGAAAAAUAGGAGACACUUCGGUCAGCUAUAAAUAUACCUCAAGAUACGUGUUGAAGGCAGGCCAAACUGUUACGAUUUGGGCUGCAAAUGCUGGAGUCACUGCCAAUCCUCCCACAGACCUCAUCUGGAAGAACCAGAACUCUUGGGGCACUGGUGAAGAUGUGAAGGUUGUAUUGAAAAAUUCUCAGGGAGAGGAGGUUGCGCAACGAAGCACAGUCUUUAAAACAACUUUGCAAGAGGAGGUAGAGGAAGAGGAGGAAGGUGUUGAACCAACUGAAGAAGAGACCUUUUUCCACCAGGAGGGGGAUCCACGGGCAUCCCACAGAACCUGUGCAGUUAUGUAACAGAUUCCUCAACUGAAAAAUCUUCAGAGU